GAGAGAGGGAGAGCGUUUAGUGAUCAGCGGCAGAAAGAGGCAGUCAGCGUGCCCGUUUCUCCACUACACUGAAGUUCCCUCACAUGCAUGCGCAUCUGUUAGACAUCAGAACUUUCGCAAAAACUUUGCUCAGUCACGAGCGUGAGUCAACAGCGGCUGGGGUCUUCCGUGGAGCCAGGUGCUGGACUUUAGUGAAACUUUUCACUGGUGACUUGGUACUUCGGCUGUGGGUGUGUUCGUGAACGUACUUGGGCCUGGUUGUGUGUCUGUUUGAAAGAGAGAGAGUGUGUGUGUGUGCGUGUGUGUGUGUGAGUGUGUUUGUGUGCAUGGAUGGACGCCCGCGCAGGCACGAAACCUUAGAUGAUCGCCUGAACAGGGAGAGAGAUGAACCUGGUCUGAGCGUGGCGUUGAGCUCGAGAUCGUCACAGGGUCGCAUACGCUGAAAAAAACAUCUUCUCGACUGGAUGCUUACAGCGAUUUAACCCCGCUCCGGAGGAAAAGGAGAUUUCGUCUGUCGGUUUGGAGGCGCCGUGGGUGUUGUUUUUUUCUUUCUCGUAUGCAAGGAACAAUUUGGCUCGGCUAUUAUUAUUGCGCCAUUUUUUUCUCUGUAUCCUAUUUGCGUCAUGACUUCUAGCUAUGCACAUGUAAUGGACCGACAAGCAUCGAUAUCUAGCCGACUGGAGAGUCCAAUUACUGCCAAUCUGGAAAACCUGCAGGCUAAAAAGAACUUCUCGGUGAGCCACCUGCUGGAUCUGGAGGAGGCAGGGGAGAUGGUCGGCACCCAGGCUGAGGACGGCGUCGGUGAGGCGGGCAGGAAUAUGCUGGAGUCCCCGGGCCUGACCAGCGGCAGCGACACGACACAGCAGGAGAAUGAGCAGUUGAAUGCAGAGGAGAAGAAGAAAAGGAAGCAGCGCCGGAACAGGACCACCUUCAACAGCAGCCAGCUGCAGGCCUUGGAGCGUGUGUUUGAGCGCACACACUACCCCGACGCCUUCGUCAGGGAGGACCUGGCGCGCAGGGUCAACCUCACCGAGGCCAGAGUACAGGUGUGGUUCCAGAACCGACGGGCAAAGUUCCGUCGCAAUGAGCGGGCCAUGCUGGCCAGCAAGAACGCCUCGCUGCUUAAGUCUUACUCGGGCGACGUGACCGCUGUCGAGCAACCCAUCGUGCCUCGGCCCGCACCGCGACCAAACGACUACCUGUCCUGGGGCUCAGCCUCUCCCUAUAGCUGGUAUCCGAGGCCGGAGGGAGGGCCAAUUCGAGUGCCACAGAAAAUGCUGCCCACAGAAUGCAACACCAUGGCAACCUACCCACCCACUUGUGCCAACACCACCUCCUCCGCGGGAGUAAACAUGGCCAACAGCAUCGCCAACUUGCGUCUCAAGGCCAAGGAGUACAGCCUCAACCAGGUGCCCACCGUGAACUGAAGAGGACGGAGAGGAGAGGAGAGGAGAGGAGAGGAGAGGAGGAAGAAUGGAUGGAGGGACUCCUUUCCUCUAUUAGUUUUUGCUGCAGUGCUCUGUGUGAUCAAUUGGACACCAGGACUCUGCCAGCACCAAUGGAACUGGUUGCAUUUACCGCUCCCCGCUCAGUCUGUCGCCAUCACCACCAUCAUUAUCAUCAUCAUCAUCAUCAUCAUGUCUGUCAUCUGCCAUUGUGUUUUGUCAUUUCUGGGGACUUCUUGCCAAAGUGCCUUCGACUGAAGUAAGCUGGGGAUGGACUUUAAGGGACUUUCCUCUUUUAUGCAACCAAACGAGCGGAGGACUCCUUCGAUGCUGUAACCAACCUUUUCUAGCUGAUUUAGAUCUUGUUUUUCAGUUUGUUUUUAGUCACUUUGUUUUUGAGUUUGAUGCUAACGGAAUGGGACACUGGAGCACCGCUAUGCUUUGGCCACAGACGUGGCCUUCUCUUGGUCACCACAGGAACUGCCAUGUGAGACUCUGAUAGCGCCCAACACAUCCCAUAAUACUCUGGUCUCAGUGAUCUGUGGAUGGGGAAUUUCACUCUCAAAGCCUUUUGAAUGGCUGUGGCUUGACAUCUGUGCAACAGUGUACAGUUCCCUGUCGAUGCCAACUGGAGUAUUCCGAGUCUUUGAAAGACAAAAAAAAAGAAAAGAAACAGUGAUAAUAACAUUUUUUUUAGAAAAGAAAAACUUUUUCUUCUUUUUGUAUACCACUGGCAAAGUGAUGUUGACCCCAAGGCAGUGUGUGUUAUAUUUCAAUAUACAGGCAACAGUCGUGUAGCUCCUUCUCUCUUGUUUUCCUCUUUUCAACUGAACUCUAAUUUUCUACCUUCUUGUAUCAUAUCUUUUAUAACAGAAAAUCAUAUAUGUUAAUAAAACAUUCCAAGCAUUUCUAGCAGCGACGUCUGGGGCAAAUCCCAUCAUGCUUUGUGAGGAUGCAUGCUUUAAGAUGGAACUGGUAGAUUGUUCCAGAAACGGCUGAACACAUGACACAAGAUGAAGCGGGGUUCAGUAGAUUUCUCCGUGCGGCACGUUGUCCAAGCGCCUACGUGUUUUUGUGUUGUGAUCGUGCGCAUGCAGAAUCUGUUGCUGGCAGCAGUACUGUAAAGCCACGGGCAGAAGCCAGUUUCACUCUACCCCCUCGCAGGGGAUUUCACUUAAGAAAUCACCAACUUAUAGAAUUUAUCUCAUCUGUUUACUUACUGCUACAUUUAAAGUUACAUCAAACCAGAGGCCUUAGAGUUCAAUCAGUGUUUUCAUUGUAGACUGGUUUAUGAUCCAUCAGAUAAAGGUGGAGCUUAACUCAGUGUUGUGUUUGCAUAGUAGAAAGGGUUGUGGUGUUGGUUUUAUUGCAGAAAUUAUUGAUAAUUAGAUAUGACUACAAAACUGAUUCUGUGGAAUUUCAAAAUGUUUGCGUGCUGGGCAAGCUUUCUGUAUAUUAUCCAUUCACACAAAAGGAAUAUUUACUGCAACCCGAAGCUCAUGCAGGGCAGGAUUCUGAAAGGGUCUGCUGUUCUCCAGUUUGAGUUUGAAUAAUCCUGCUACGGGUGUUUAGUGUUAACCUUCAUUCCUACUCUUUAAAACACACACUAGUCCAUAAAACUGAGAUCAUCUGAGAAGCUUUGAGGAGAAAGCUGCUUUGGAUGUCACCCGGAAACUCUGCUAUGAUCAGAACUUUCAUAACAUCUUCUCUCUUUUUGUUUUCGUUCUUCUCCUUCUCCCUCCAUCUCUGGGCUCAUUUUAUUAAAGAACAUGUCUUCCAGCGCUCCUCUUCCAGCGGGUGCCCACUUCAGAGGAGGCAAAUAUUUGUCUCUGAACUCCUCCUCACCCGGCGGAUUUGACCUUGUGAAGCGACUCGACCUCUUCGCCGUUGCAUG